CUCAUAAGGGGAUGGGCGGGGUCCAGAGGCGGGACCUGUUGAAGAGUUUAUAAGCGUGGGGCUGCGCCCAGGAACACCAGUCUGAUCUUUGAGCUGCAGGCUUAACGUUGUCUUAACACGAGGUUGGAGACACCAGUCAAGAUGAGUGAUAGACCAGACUUGUCAGAAGUGGAAAGAUUUGACAGAUCAAAACUGAAGAAAACUAAUACUGAAGAAAAAAACACCCUUCCAUCGAAGGAAACCAUCCAGCAAGAGAAAGAGUAUAUUAAAAGAUCAUAAGAUGAAGACCUUCUUAGAAGAGUAGCUUCACCAUUGCCUGACAGUUUUGAGGUUUUAGGCAGUUAUUGAUUGAUGGAUUCUCAUCUUUACUACCUUGGCUGAAAUGUCACCAUUUGUCAAUGAUAAUUAAAUAUGGUUUGAAACUGC